GUCACACACGAGCCUUGCUGUUUCCUUGGUCCAAACACGGACGACGACGACGAUGGCACUAUAUUACUAUGCGCGGCGCCAGAAGGCGAGGCGAUGGGCUUUUAUUUGGGACUGCAGGUUGUUAGAAACUGAACUAUUAUCUGAGAAAAGCCCCCCCCAAGUUCCAACUCCAGCAGCAGCAGCCCACAUGCACGCCCAAAGGCCGUCCGCUACCGCCGGUUUGGACGUACCAAGUACAUUACUGUGUGUCCCCAUGCACGACCAGAAUCUGCGACAUGCACAUGGGCCGCGACUGCCGUUCCGACCCGAGAUGCUGCCCCCCCCCCCCUCCCGCGGGGUCGAAUGAUCCGACGACGCCCUUUUCGACCUGCAAGCUGAAUUGAUCAUCUUAUCUCCGAGUUCGCGGCACCGUCGGAGGGGACGGGGGCUUCUUCUGCAUCACCGGCGACGCUUACAAACAGUCGGUCGGGGCGAGCAGGUUGCACACGAACUGGGGCCCUUUUUUUUGGUGUGUGUGCGUGGUGACGGUUAUCGCGCGUCCGCGCUCGAAUGCAGGCAGCCUCUCACGUCACUCAACUUUUUGACACUCCUCCUCACCAGCGACUUGUUGGCAACUGCACUUUGUCGCGGGCCACAUUGCUCUCUGCGUCCGCCGCUGCGCAUCGAGGACAAGCAAGUUCAGGAUAAACAGACAGACACAGAGUCACCGGCCCAUUUGAGUGAGGGCCUCGGUCGGGCGCGGGAGCCGCCAAACAACAACAAACAUGCUGGGACCGCCGCUCAAUGUGCCCAAGUGGUGAGUCGACGACAGCCUCAUCAUCAUCAUCAUCAUCAACGAGGGGGUGCCAGACGGCGGGCUGUCCAGACGUUGCAACUCACUCGCCCACUCACUCACUCACUCGCUCACCCCGUCUCAGGCUCGAGGAGAACAGCCACCUGCUCAAGCCGCCCAUCAACAACUACUGCGUCUACAAUGAAGAUGUCACCGUCAUGAUUGUCGGCGGCCCCAACGCGCGCACCGACUACCACAUCAACCAGACGCCCGAAUGGUUCUACCAGUACCGCGGCGCCAUGGUGCUCAAGGUCGUCGACGAGGGGUCCUUUCGCGACAUCGUCAUCCCCGAGGGCGCCAUGUUCCUGCUGCCCGCCAACACGCCGCACAACCCCGUGCGCUUCGCCGACACGGUCGGCAUCGUGCUCGAGCAGCGCCGCCCCGCCGACUCGGUCGACAGGAUGCGCUGGUACUGCGCCGCCUGCCCCUCUUCUUCUUCCGCUUCUUCUUCUUCCUCCCCUCCUUCCUCCGCUGAACCCGUCAUCGUUCACGAGGCCGCUUUCCAUUGCACCGACCUCGGCACCCAGAUCAAGCAGGCCGUCGAGGACUUUCGCGCCGACGACGCCAAGCGCACCUGUGGCCGCUGCGGCGCCCUCGCCGACUGGGCGCCCAAGCCAGGGUCCAUACCGGACCCGAACCUCCAGCCCGAGGCGUACGGGCUGGUGCGCUGAAGCGGGCGGCGAGACGAGGUGGCGGUGGGCCAGGAGAAUCGGAGGGCGUUGUGGUUGGCAAAAUGCGGUUCAGUGGAAAGGUUGUGCGUCAUGACUUGGGACUUUGACUCUUAUGCAUGUACAAAGUACUCUAUGUGCCGUGCGUAAUUCACAUCUCCAUAUAUUCGUGC